UUAACCUGUUAUAACGUGAAGUUCCUCCUGCACAGGUUAAAAGAGUCUUUUGUUCGUCUCCGUGAAGGUUGGAUGUGGUUCUUGCAAUUACGCAUAUAUUUUGAUCGUGGGGACUGCGUACGCGUUGUCCCUGUUUUUCAUUUACCUUUAUACUACUGGAAAAUGGCGUAUGGACAAAGCUGAAUGCAGUCCGGAGCCAGUAAAGGAUUACUACUACUACUUCUGUACAGGUUAUGAUUCAACCACCACAAGAAAUUGUUAUGAAAAGUAGCAGGAUACGAGAAAUUAAAAUAUAAGCAAUUGUAGCACAGAUAUCGUUAAACUUUGCGUCAAAAUGGAUCCAGCUUUGCUAAGAGAGCGAGAACUAUUCAAGAAACGUGCCUUAACCACACCAACAGUUGAGAAAAAGAAGAAGGAACAAGAAAUUUUGAGAGAUGAUUCAUCUAAGAAGAAACCUAAACCAUCGUCCAUAUCUACAGGACCAAAACUGGACAUGGUUAACUAUAAGACCAUGGCCGGCAGUACACAAUACAAGUUUGGUGUAUUAGCAAAGAUAGUAAAACAUAUGAAAGCCAGGCACCAGGAUGGAGAUGAUCAUCCCUUAACUCUAGAAGAGAUUUUAGAUGAAACAAACCAGUUAGAUGUUGGAUUAAAGGUUAAACAAUGGCUUCAGACAGAAGCUUUGGUAAAAAAUCCCAAAAUUGACGUAACUACCGAUAGCAGAUUUGUUUUUAAGGCUAUGUAUAAAAUAAAGGAUAAGAAAUCUUUACUCAGACUUUUAAAACAACAUGAUUUGAAAGGUCUCGGAGGUAUUUUGCUGGAAGAUAUACAAGAAAGUCUACCGCACUGUGAGAAACAUUUAAAAGCCUUACAAAAUGAGAUAUUAUUUAUUACACGGCCACUUGAUAAGAAAAAGAUAGUAUUUUACAACGACAAAACAGCACAAUUCCCUAUAGAUGAAGAGUUUCAAAAGUUAUGGAGGGCUGUGGCGGUAGAUGCUAUGGAUGAUCAAAAAAUAGAUGAAUAUCUUGAGAAACAAGGAAUCAGGUCUAUGCAAGAUCAUGGGCUGAAGAAACCAGCACCGCUCAAACGCAAGAAACCUGUUAAUAGGCGGAAACAAUUCAAGAAACCGAGAGACAAUGAACAUUUAGCAGAUGUUUUAGAAACAUAUGAUAAUUAAGUAAGAUAUUAAAGUAUAUAAGUAUAGUAAUAAGCAAUUUUAUAUAUGUGUAUGUA